AUGCCCACCGUGGUGUUAAUGGACGUGUCUUUGUCCAUGACGCGGCCAGUGUCAUUGGACGGCAGUGAGGAGUUUCAGAGGAAGAACCUGGCUGUUCACGGACUCAACAUGUUGUUUGAACACAUGGCAUCAAACUACCGGUUGGAGUUCACAGCACUGAUGGCAUUUUCAUCUUUGUGGGAGCUCUUGGUGCCUUUCACCAGAGAUUACAAUGCCUUACAGGAGGCUCUGAGUAAUCUGGAGGACUAUGAUAAGACUUGUGUGGAAUCAGCUCUUCAUGGAGUAAAUAAUGUUGUACAACAGGAGUGGGGCAAUGCUUGUCCCUGUCAGGUGGUGCUGGUUACUGAUGGGUCUCUGGGGAUUGGGAAAGGUUCUCUCCGCCAUUCCCUACAAACAUUGAAGCAGCGUGGCGAUGACAAGAAGUUCCCCCUUCCUUUCCCUUUUCCAACCAAACUUUUUGUCAUGUGUAUCGCAAAUGCAGAGGAGUUACAGAUGACAGACGGCAUGGACAAUUUGGAGGAGCUGCUGCGUCUUAGUGGAGGGGAUGGACAGAUCUUCACUAUGGAGGGGCCGCUUUGCAUGAAGAGUGUGCAGGCCAUGUUUGGGAGGCUUAUUGACCAUGCCUACUCCCCUUUCCAUGCUGUGCUGCACUGUGGGAACCUGUCGUCCGAUGUUCAGGUGUUUCCUCGACCCGAGCCCAUCAUAGUAGAUGAUGAGGUUGAUCCCAUGCCACGAAAUGUCAACACAGAUUUGGAAAUCAUGGGCUUCAUUGAAAUCGCUGAUAUCGCCAGUCCUCCUGUCAUAUCCAGACACUUGGUUCUACCUAUUGCUGUGAAUAAAGAGGUGGAUGAAGUUGGUGCUGGAACUGCAGAAGAGCUUGAGGAGGAACCCUCAUCCAGUCAAAUGGCAGGAAAAAGUCCAAACUUUUGUGUACUUUUACAUGGCAGUUUGAAAGUUGAGGGCAUGGUGGCACUGGUCCAACUUGGACCAGAAUGGUAUGGCAUGCUGUACUCUCAAGCAGACAGCAAGAAGAAGUCGAAUCUGAUGAUGUCUCUGUUUGAGCCAGGUUCAGAGCCUCUGCCUUGGCUCGGCAAGAUUUCGCAUUUAGGACCAAUCUCAGAAGCUGCAGAAAAUCCAUAUGGAGAGGAUGACAGUAAAAGUCCUUUCCCCCUACAGCCCCCAGUCAAACGAAGCUAUGCCCAGAACGUUACUGUGUGGAUUAAAGCCAGUGGAUUACAGACUGAUGUGCAGAAGAUCCUGAGGAAUGCAAGAAAACUGCCAGAUAAAACUCAAACCUUUUAUAAGGAGCUGAACCGUCUGCGGAAGGCUGCAUUGGCGUUUGGGUUUUGGGAGCUCCUGAAGGGAGUCGCUGAACUGUUGGAGAGAGAGUGCACCAUGCUCCCAGACUCAGCUCAUCCUGAUGCUGCUUUUCAGCUUUCCCAUGCUGCACAGCAACUUAAACUGGCCAGCACGGGUGAUUCCCAGUAUGCUGCAUUUGAUCAUAACAUUGUCCCCAUGCACACUGACUUCUCAAGCUGAGAGAAUUAUGGAAAAUGGACUGAAAUACAGCAGCCUGUGUGGAUCAGAGUGGAGACGGAUCAAAUGGUCUUUUUGAGAAUUUACAAGAAGAACUGAAACAUCACACUCUACUGUGACACCAUCUACACAUGGCAGUGAGAUGUCUGUAAAACUUUAGAAUGUACAUAUUUUUGUUUUUUUGUAAUAUCAUUCAAAAAUGUACUUUAUUUUUACUGUCAAACACCUGCGACAUUCACAGAAAACUCGAAAAAAUGCCUUAACAUUAGUCACAGUGUUACAAAAACAGGAAAUCAGAAAAAGGAAGGAAAUGCUUUUAUUUAUAGCAGGACGUUGAACAUUGACAAAAUACUGUGAGUCAGCAGUAUCCCUGAGGUUUAAGGGGGUGGUUAUGAAAUAUGAAACAAUAAAUUCAGUAGGUGUUAUAAAUGAGUCUGAGUUGUCUUUGUAGGCCUUACAGUGAAACAAUACCAAUGCAUUAAACAGUCCAGAUCAUAAGGAAUGGAAAAAAAAACACAUACACGUCAGAUUUCAUGACAUACUAUGGCUGUUUACUAACCUAUACAAUAUGGACUACUAUAUUAGAUCCAAAGUAAACAAACCAUAAAUGAAAUGAUGAAUACUUCUAUCAUCUAUAGGAUGUUCAUGUAACUGUGACAAAAGGGAUUUCAGUGUUUAAUU